CGCAAACAAACAUGGCGUGAAGUAUAAAACAUCAGUUGCCAAAGAUAUAUGUGAAGAUUAUGGAGUUCCUACAGCAUUUGGCAGCAUCUUUAAAACGUGGAAGGACAGCGGAACUGCCAGCAGAUGACAAAGCAGCCUUUUACACCAUUAUGCCAAUGGUGAUUGCCAAUCAACACAGAUCAGUGACCGAUUUGCUCUCUGGCUCGAAGUUUGACGUCAACUAUGCCUGUGGAAGAGCAAGACGGACAUUGCUCCAUGUUGCAGCAAAUUGCGGAUCAUAUGAGUGCCUUCACCUACUGCUGAAGAAGGGGUCAAAGGUAAACCUUCAGGAUGUGUCCGGCUGUACACCACUUCAUCUUGCAGCUAGAAAUGGACAAAAGAAAUGUCUGAACAAGCUGCUGGAGAAUAAAUCCGAUGUAAAUAUUCGCAACAACGAAGGGCUGACGGCAAUCCACUGGCUGGCGGUGAACGGUCGGACAGAACUCCUGCAGGACCUGCUACAGCAUGUAGAGGAAGUGGACAUAGAGGACUCUCAGGGACAAACUGCACUACAUGUAGCCUGUCAGAAUGGUCACAAAUCAACCUUGCAGUGCCUGCUGGACCACGGUUCCAACAUCAACAAGGUCAACCACAACAAAUGGACCCCUCUACACUUCGCCUGCAGUCAUGGUCAGCAUGAAGCUGCCUCCAUCCUGAUGAGGAGAAAUGCCAAGUUUUUGGAGGAAGAAAGGGGGAAGACUCCGCUUGACCUCAGUGUGGAGGGAGGAUAUGGUGAGACGUGUGAGGUGUUGCUACAGAACCAACCCAAGCUGUUUGACAAGCUCGUCCAGAGUGUCCAGAGACCCUUCAUCAAGGGAGACAUGAUGGAGAAGGUUCUGGUCUACCUGACACGUUCUGACACGUCAACGCUCGACCGAGUGCUGUUCGGACUGGCGGAGCAGAUGUCCGUCAUUGGUCAUCAUCUUCUCAGCAUGAACACAGAUGCAGAGGUCGACAUCACCAGCCUCCUGAAGUGUGCACAUGCCCUGUCUCACCUCCUGACCCGACAGCGGACAGCGUCUGUGGGCAGUCUCAAGGACAUACCUGUGACCAAGUGUGACCGAUCACAAAGCAUCCCCGAGGACCCAUUGGAGCCGCUAGAGGGACUGUGGCAGUUGCUGGAGGACUGGCUGAUACUUCUGAAGGUUGAGAUGACUGACACCAAAAAGUCUACCAAGACAAAUUCCACUGUCUCACCAACUUUAACCAACACUCAGGAUGUGCCAAAGGUCACAGAACAGGAAGACACAAUGAGAACUUCGAGCAAAGACACAAAGGCAUCAGACAGCAAACCAGUUAUAGCUGAACCAGGAAGUGUACCGACCAGAUUCCCAGCAUUCCCUGCACAGGAAGAGGACCUGGUGACUGGAGUGUUCCCCCGUGUGUGUGCCCUCAUCAACGCAUGUUACAUCUGUAAUGUGGGAAAGGCACAGCUGACGCUCAGCACACCUCAGCCGAACUUCACAGAGUUUCUCCUGAAACAUCUUGAUGUGUUGAAGAUGUUGGUAGCAAAAGAGCCUGGAGUGAUCUUCCAGCACUUCAAUUUCCUGCUGCACUGUCAUGACCUCAUGGUCUACUUCCUGCCUACCAUCAGAGCUCAGCAUUUUGAAGUUCGCCGUGAAUGGUUUUACACCAACUUGAAGACCCAAGUGAAUACGUCAGAUGUAGAUCCCGAAAUCCCUGUCCUGACAGUCAAGAGAGAUCGACUGUUCCACAGCAGUUGUGCGGAAAUCAUCAACCAAAACCCGUCUCGCCUCAAGGUCAACCUGGCCGUACGCUUCAAUGGCGAGGAAGGCAUGGGUCACGGUGUGGUGCGAGAAUGGUUUGAUGUUCUGUCACGGGAGAUACUGAAUGCUGACUAUGCUCUCUUCACACAAUCAGCAGACGGCUGUACAUUCCAGCCAAACAGCAACUCCUCCAUCAACCCAGACCACCUCAGUUACUUCCGCUUUGCCGGUCAGGCCAUCGGUCUCGCUCUCUUCCACAGGCAGCUGCUCAGUGUGUACUUCACCAGGUCCUUCUACAAACACAUACUGGGUAUACCAGUCAGUUACACGGAUGUAGCCUCAAUAGAUCCAGAGUAUGCCAAAAACUUACAGUGGAUCCUGGAUCAUGACAUCAGUCAGCUUGGCCUUGACCUUACAUUCUCCGUGGAAACAGAUGUGUUCGGCGUUCUCCAGGAAGUAGACCUCAAACCAGGGGGCAGCACUCUUCCUGUCACAGACGCCAACAAGGCUGAGUACGUCCAGCUAGUUACGGAGCUACGCAUGACACGGGCCAUCAUGCCCCAGAUCAACAGCUUCCUGUCUGGUUUCCAUGACUACAUUCCACACAGCCUUGUACAACUCUUUGAUGAGUAUGAACUGGAGCUGCUAGUGUCAGGUCUUCCUGACAUUGACCUGGAAGACUGGAAGGCUAACACAGGCUAUACUGGCUACUCAGUGGACUGUAUAGUUAUACAGUGGUUCUGGGAGGUGAUGGGAGACUUCACGAUGCAGGAGAGGGUCCUCAUGCUGCAGUUUGUCACCGGCAGCUCCAGAGUGCCGUAUGGUGGAUUUGCCAACCUUAGCAGCAGUGGCAGUCACCAGCAGUUUACCAUCAGCCAUGUACCUUACACAGCUGGUAAACUCCCCACAGCAUCCACAUGUAUCAACCUCCUGAAACUGGCUGAAUAUCCGACAAAAGAAGAAUUGAAAAGAUGCUUGUUGAUAGCUCUUCAGUGUGGAAGUCAAGGAUAUGGCCUUGUCUGAUGAUAGCUCUUCAGUGUGGAAGUCAAGGACAUGGCCUUGUCUUAUGAUAGCUCUUCAGGGUGGAAGUCAAGGAUAUGGCCUUGUCUGAUGAUAGCUCUUCAGUGUGGAAGUCAAGGACAUGGCCUUGUCUGAUGAUAACUCUUCAGGGUGGAAGUCAAGGACAUGGCCUUGUCUGAUGAUAGCUCUUCUGUGUGGCCGGAUGAUCUCAUAAAGCAAUCAGCAAGCCAUAAAUCCUCCUCUCGAGGCCACUCAUCAGAAUCUGACCAUGGGACUUGAGGCAUUGUAUAAGUGUAUAAAACUACACACUGGUCAGAGGAUUAAGUCCAGAUCUCUACAAAUGUUGAAACUGACCAAAUUUUGGAACUGUUGCUACAACUUUAAGCAGCAGGAUUGAUAAUCAGAGUCAGCCUUUUGCCAAGACAAGGUCCAGAGCAACUGCUGAAAAAUAGCCUUGGCCUCGAUUGGAGAAUUUCGGUAGAUCAAUACAUAUCACUUUCGCCUUUCCAGACCACUACACCCUGUGCUGCCUUUGACACUCUGACAUCAUGAAUCGCUUUGCUGCACUGGAUGUGUGUGUUGUUGGCAACGUAUUUAUCACUUGAGUCCAAAUUGUGUAUUGCGUCCUGUGUAUCAGAAAUAGUUGACUACAGGCGGUGAUGCUGGUUUUAUUCUGAAAAGUCUGUGUUCUAAUAAACAGGUGUUCUCAACAAAAAAACUAAACUAAGGGGUUUCACUGGAAUAGAGUUGACAAUAUUUUCAGUUUGUGCUAUGGUGCAUAAGACAGAACCUUUUUACAUGAAUGAUAAAGUAUGAUAAGAAUUCCCCUUUUCUGGCCUAAAUGUGAAACUAAAGAAAUACUGAAAACUUUAAAAUAGUGAUCAGAAAGUUAUUGAAUAUGUUUAUAUGAUAGACAUCUGGUGUCUUUAAAACUGCAAGAAUUUGGAGUAUGGUUAAAAUAAGUUAAAAAGGCACGUUUAUUAAUAUUUCUAGAUAAAAUCUAACAAUGAGCAAGUCUGGUACUGAAGAGGGACUACAUGUUUGUACUAUGUUAAUCAACAUCCAAGGAAAGCAGCUUCAUGCAAUGUUCUUGUUCAGUGUAUAAAAUCCCUCUAAAUUCAGUGUUUUAAUCACAUUUUAUCUUUAUCAUUACAAAACAUGUCAGUGUUGAUAUGAACCAAUCUAAUUCUCUUUAAAAUGAACACACAUUCGAACCCCUUGGUGUUGAACUUGUCUCUGUCAAAUACCUGGUUGUGUCAAAACCCACAAAAAUCAUAAUACAUGUAUUUUACCACUAUUUUAACAUUGUUUUCAUCAGACUCCAUCAAAACACCAAGAUUUAAAAUAACUUAAAUUACCCUGGUAUGUCUAACACCAAAUACUUUCAAAGCACAUGUAAGAUUUUAUAUAAUUUAAAAUAAAAAAAUACAUAUUUUAUGUAGAUAUGACAAAUGCGUCUGCUUCAGUUUUUAUUCCUUGUUCUAUGUUAUUUAAAAUCCAUGGACACUGUUGUAUAUUUGCUUUUUGUUGUUUGAUGUCUGGGAGGUGUUGAACACCAGCUAAAGAUUGUAUCUACCUUACAACAUAGGCGUACAACCAUGAUAGCGUUUAGUGGCUUUAAGCUUACGUGUUGAACACCAGCUAAAGAUUGUAUCUCCCUUACAACAUAGGCGUACAACCAUGAUAGCGUUUAGUGGCUUUAAGCGUGUUGAGCAUCAGAUAAGUGGAUCAAUUUAUUGGAGCCAUGUGUACAAAAUGAUCAUUUUCGUGUUUAGAUAGCUUUAUGGAUGAGCUCCAACAAACUCAAGGAGUUUGAGAGUUUGAGUUGGACUUUAGCAGAUAACUGUCAUAACAACUUCAAAUACUGGUAACAGCUUUAUGUGUUUUCUUAAUUUAUGCAAACCAUUAAAUUCAGGAAGGACCCUUAUUUUUACCUCAUUCUGUAGUAAAAACCAACUCCUAUUUUUUUAUUAAAUUCUAUUUUGUAAAAUGUAAAAUUACUAAUUAAGAGUAAUAAACUGAGUUGGGGUUGUUCUAUUUAAUCGCUGUCAUCUGUAUCUACAUUAUAUUAGGUAUGUGUAACCCAGUUGUCUGAUGUGCUUCAAUUCUCUAAGAAUAGAGUUGCGUCCCUUUGGCAUGCCAGGAACCUGUUAUUUUUCAGUGUUCAAAUCCUUGUUUGCCCUGGAUAUGUUUCUAUGUUUCUCAGCGCCUUACCAGUGGCCAUAGGUUCACGGAUGUGGUCAAUGUCGGAGGCCUUCAUCUCAUCAUCCUUUCUUCGCACAAUAACUUGGUGUUGCCGUAAUAUAACUGGAAUAUCGUUCAAAACAAAGUCAUAACUCACUCUGUAUAAUAGUUUUGUCACUCACCCAAGUAGUUUGUCUGACUUAAAGUCUUGAAAAUUCCAAAACUGUAAAUAGUUCUAUGCCCCUCCGGAACUGAGAGCAUUGGUAACUAUGACGAUGAUGAGGUAUUACACCCUUUAUCUCUGUGAUAUGUUUGAUGUUUUCGUCCUCGAAUUAUUUUAAUCAUUUUUUUAAACUUUACAUUCAGAAUAUUUUUAUCUUUGUUACAUUGUUGCCCAUGAUUUCAUUUUAAUCAAUGUGAUGACAUAAUAGAUCUUAGCUUCCAUGUGUUAUAUUUCUUGUGUUUGCAUCAUUUAAUGUUCUAAGUUUUAACCGAUCUUUGAACCCUGAUCUAUGAUGUUCAUUGUCUUUUGUGUUCAUCCCCGCCUCAUUGUCAUUGUGUAUUUUAACUGCAGAUGUGUUAGCUGAUGUAUCUCUCCUUUUCAGUCUAAGUAUACUAAGGCUCAGUAUUAUUCGUUACACUGCUAUCUACUGAGUCUAACAAACCCU